ACGUUUGACGCAUAACGUAAACAACCGUCAAAAUCGUAUUUAAACCAGUUUUACAUUUAUGUUUUUUAAAUAAAACAUGUGUUAAAUUUAAUAUUACGCUAAUAUCACCAUGGCUUUAUCGAGUAUAGGAAAUAAGAUAUCAACCGCACUAAAACAAGAAGAUUUCACCGUUGUUCUCAAGAGCAUUCACGAACUGAAAACGACGAAUCAAGCGAUUCAAGUGCUUUAUUUAAUUUAUAAAUCACGCGAAGAACCGGAAUCGAUAAAUAAUAUUACACCAAAUGAAAUUACAACGCUGAUUUCAGCAACGUUUACGUUUAUUAAACAACCUACAGAUAACGAAAUAAAGCAUUAUUUAUCCUGCACUUAUAGGUUAUUACAAUAUUUAAUCAAAGAGGAUGCUUAUAAUAAUAUAUUUGAACUGAAAGAUGUUUGGUGCCCACCUUUUAUUACCAAAAACACAUCAAAAGAGCAUUUGGAAACAUUUUUAGCACAAUUUCUUUUAUUGUUAAUUUACAGUUCAAAAUUGAUUGCGCUAAAUGAUGAGAGAGUUGAAAAGUUAAUAAGUUUAAUUAUUGAUACAAUUUCAAGAUUUUCUUUAGAACUACUUAUUGAAAAAAAAAUUCUUAACUAUUUGUAUCAGAUAUUGUGGAAACUGAUUAAUACAAAAGCAUUUGAAACAUUAUCCAAAUAUUUAUUAACAAGAUGCAUUGAAAAUAACAAUGUAAAUAAAUUACUGGAAGUAAUUUAUUAUAUGUUAUCCUCACAAAGAAAAGGAUUUGAUUCGUAUCAACCAUUUUUAAACAUCGAACAUAAAUUAAACUCAUUUGGUUUAUUUAAAUUAAUAUUAACUAACAUUAAAAUGAUGAUUACAAAUGGAAUUUUUACUGAAUGUGUAAACCUAAUACAUGGUUUAAAAGAAAAUGAAUCCAUAAAUCAAUACGCCAAGAUAUUAGAAGUUAUUUUUUUACAACACAUAAAUUUAAAACCUGAUAAAGGUGUGGAAUCUCAUUUAAAUACAUUAAAACAUCAUACAGAAAUUGUAGGAUUAUGUGAUUGUUUAGAAAGUAAAUGUAAAAUAAUAAAAUUGGAAUUAAAUCGAUUAAUGAUCAUCAAUUCAUUUUAUAACUAUAUAUUAAAUAAUGAUGAAAUUCCAAAAAGUUGCUUAAAAACGAUUUUAAACGUUUAUAUUAAAACGUUUUCUCUUUAUAAUGAGAAAAAUCUAAAUGAAAUUAAUGUCAACUUAUUUACAAGUACACUCUCAAUAAUAUUUAACACAGCUACAAAAUUAGAUAAAAAAAUAGUUUACAAAGAAUUUGCAAUACAAUUUUUUGAAAUAGUUGUUAAAUGUUACUUAAUCUUGGAAAAUUUGAUACCACAUAAUGAACAAUACGAAGGAAGCUUCUUACAUACUUCUCUUACAUUAAUAAGUAACAAUUUUAUGGCUUUGGGACAAAUUGAAAAAGCAAUGGCAGCUAUUGCAUAUAAUGUGUUUCAUUGCAAAAAAGAUUUUAAAACUUGCAUCUGCACUUCGAAGUGGAUUCAAAUAAAAACAAGUCACAAAGAAAACUUAACAAUUAAAAAAAUUACGAUUGCUUCGUUAUUAACAAAUAAAUCAAAACUACAAACGUUUAAAACGUCGUUUAAUGAAGAAGAAAUAUCUUACAUUUUAUUAAAAGAAAUUAAAAUUUAUUCGACAUUUUAUAAAUCGAAAAUACCUUUAACCUAUUGUUGUUUGGAAUUAAAUGAAUUUGGGAAUUCGUUUUUAACAGGAGAAGCUUUGGUUAUGGCUUGGUUUAAUAGUCCCGAAAUUAUUUUACCAGAAAAUUAUCCCAUUAUAACUGAUCUUUUGAGUAAAUUUGAAAAAAAUACGAUCGAUUUUAAUGAUAAGAGUCGAAUUGAAAUCGCCAAAGUUUAUUAUUUAUUGUAUCACGUGAACGUAAAAUGUUUAGGGAACGAAAUUAAAGAACAAAUUUUGAUGCAGCCUCCUGAAAAAGAAGAUAAAUCUUAUAGAUAUGGUAUGGAUAUACCAAAUAAUAAAUGGGAUUGUGCCAUAAUCCAUCAGUUAAGCAUGGAAGAAAUUAGCCGUGUUAAAACACCCUUAAUUAAAUCUAGAGAAAUUUUGGAAGGAAUUUUUUUAAGCGAUUCAUUUGAAAAUAAGGAUCAUCUUGCAAAAAUAAUCGAAGAAUUUAAGUUAUUUGAAUUUAUUAUGGAAUUGGCGUUUUCAUUUUUAUUACACACCGAUUCUAUUGAAGCCAUCAAAACAUUCUUAUUAUUGGAAAAAAUUGCCGAUAAAACUCAACGCGUUGAUUACAAAAUUAAAGCGAUCGGCCGGAUUAUAAAUUCAAUCGAUAUCGAUUGUGUCUUACAAUUAUUUAAAGAAGGAGAAACAUUGAUAAAUAAAGUAUCAUACGAUGAAGCGUGCGAGUUCUACACGUACGUUUCGACGUCUUAUUAUAACAAAGGAGACAUCAAGAAGAGUCAUGAAUAUUAUUUGAAAGCAAAAAAUUAUUUUAAACAAACUUCAAGCUUUGGGGAUAAAUUUAUAAAUAUUGAAUUGGAAUUUCUUGAAUGGAAAUUAAUGAGUUUACCGGAUAAAGGAGAUAUCUUUACUAAUAACAUGGAAUUGAUCCAAAGAAGUAGUACCAUUUUUACUAAAAUAAAUUCAGUUUUUUGUGAACAAACUAAUAAUGUAAAUCGUAUAAAACUCCUUGAAAUUCGUUACACAUUCGAAAUUAAAUUACUUCAUAGUUACAAUAUGAAAUGGCCCAGAGAAGGACGUGGAGCGGCGAAAUUAUUGAUAGAUAGAUGUCAAACGUAUAUUCUCCCAUUUUAUUACGCAGAAAUAACCCUGUAUUUAGCAAAAAUGGAUUUACAAUGCGAAAAAUUAUCGGAUUGUCAAGCAAAAAUCGAUGGUUUAUCGACUUUAUUGGAAAUCUCCUCUGGAAAUGAGGAUCUUGAAAAAUUAAUUAAAAAUUUCGAUGGGAUUUCUUUGGAUAACAACAUAACAUUUAAUAAUAAUUAUAGCAAAUUUACAAAGAAUGGUUCACCUACUUUAAAAGUCACUAAAAAAGAAUACCCACGUUUUACUUCACAUCAAAAUGAUUGCGAAUGCUUUUAUUGUACAUCUAUUGAUUACCAAAAGUUAGUAUUGAAUUAUUUUAUAUUGAAAGGAACAUUUUGGGCUGCACAUAACGAAAAGAAUACAGCUGAAUAUUUUUAUAAAACCGCGUUAGUGAUUUAUAAUACUUUAAUCUCAAAAACAAAUUAUAUCCUUAAACUGAUUAAAAUCUUCAAUUAUAACAUUUUAUUAGAUUUAAAGGAGACAUUUUUAGAAUGUUACAUCUCAAUUCUUCAUCACCAAGCAAAAUUAUCAAUUGGUACCAAAAAAUUUAACACAAUUAACACUGAAUUGAUUACCUUAAUACCAAAAAUUAAAUACAAAAACUCAUUAUUAUACCAAGAAACUCAUCAAUUACAAUUAAAUAAUCUUCUUUUAUGUUAUCAAAAGAUAAAUUCAACAACUCCAAGUAGCCCAAAAGUUUCAAGUCCCACAAAUGAUAAUAACGCACUUGUAAAAACUCCUGAGAAUAAUGUUUCACAAGUAAAAUUUGUUGCAUCACAACGUGUAUCACCGCUAACUAAAAAACGUGUAGUAAAGUCGAUUCCUUUUGAUUCGUCUGAUGAUGAAAUCGGAGAAAGUUCAUCAAGUACUACAACAGUAUUUACUAAAAGAACGACUAAAACACCUGCUAUUAAAGUUUAUCAAGGUAAUUCAAAAGCUAAAAGUGAGAAAAAAACUGCAAAAGCACCGAAAAUCUUGGUUACUGUUCCAUCAGAAGAGAAUGUUAAUAUUGAAUCUAACCACAGUAAUGUAUGGAAACUUAAAGACAAUGAUAAAACUUGUAUUGAUGAAAAUAAAAAUCCUCAAGGAAAUGAUUCGAAAAAUAUUAAAAGUAAAAAUGUGAAAGAUAAUAUUAAGGGUAACAAAGGAAGUGGAGUUGUUAAAAAAACGAAUAAAACUUCUAUUAGUGAUAAUAAGAAUAAUCAGGAAGGAGAUUCAAGUGAAGAAAUUCAAAGGAGGACUUUACGAUCUGCUGUAAGAACUAAACGUAAUCCUAAAUGAUGAAAUUGUUAGUAUGUUUUGUUGUUGAGGUUAAAUUAUUUUAACUAAAGCUCAGGAUAGAUUGUGCCUUCUAAAAUAGUUUAAUAAAAAACUUGUUUAUUUUUAUAGAGAAUGUUCAAUGUUAAAUAAAAAUUCGAAUUCUAA